AGAAAUAAAAAUAAUAAUAAAAACAAAAAAGAAGGGAGGGAGUUUCCGUUGCGGUUGUGGCGCGGAUGGGCGCCACGUGUGACGAGGCCCGAAAUCGUCGCCGUCCGUGACAAGUGUGCCGGUCGCGGACGCGGGCAGCUGAGAGGAGCCGCAUCGGCCGUCCGAUUGUCCUACCUGGUGGAGUCGACGGCUGGGGAUCUGCCCGAGCCGCGUCCGGGCAGAUCUCGCGGCCUUUAAAUGGAGGUGCUCUUCACCUCUUCUCUCCCACCUUGUCCCCAUAUCUCGAGGGUUUCGCCUCUCCCACCCCUCCCCCCUCUUCUCUUUUGAAGCCCUCGUCGCCCAUUUCCUCUUCCGCCCCCUCCUUCUCUUCCCCCGCCCCUCCGCCGCUAGAGGCGGCGCGGCCGCGAUCGGCGAGGGUCUCACCUCGUCUCCGGAGAUCUAGGGUUUCGCCGACCCGUUCGAAACCCUCGCCGAUCCCCCUCCUCCGCCGAGCUCCGCGUCUCCUCCACCGCUAGAGGCGGGGAUCGUGAGGCUACGCUCCGAUCGCGAACCCUAGAUGGUGGCGGGGGCCGCUGCCGCCGAAGAUCGGACGGAGCUCGCCCGAUCCCGGCGGAUCUGAGGGCGGGCGCCGCCGCUGAUGGCGUCGGCGGUCAUCGCCACCCGGAAUGAGCCGUGCUGGGGAGAGAGGAAGGUUUAUAUGAGGAAAACCCCAAUCCCUAACCCUAACCACAGCAACCCUAGGCCCGGAGCUCUCAAUUCGACCGCGAUCUCCAACGCCGGUGACCGUGCGGGCCAUCCUCACGGCCAAUUUCGCCAUCCGGAUCCCGAGGACGUGCCGAUCUCCGGUACCGCCUUGUCGGACGACUCCUCAUCGUUUAACCGAAAAUCGACCGGCCUCAACCAUCGCCGCGAGCCGUUCGGCGGCGACGGUAGCAGCGGCGGAGGCUACGUCACCUUCAACAUCUCAACCUACUCGAGGAAGGAGCUUAGAGACCUCCGUCGGCGGCUCGUCUCCGAGCUCGAGCUGGUCCGCAGCCUCGUGAGCCGGAUCGAGUCGCAGGACCACCACCAACACCUCACCACCAGAUCGGCUGGCUUCAGCUCUCGCGAGGUCAACGCGAGCCACGGAGCGCUCGAGAAGCGGCCGUACCCGUCCUCCGAUCUCCCGACUAAGGAUAAGAAUGCCCCCCGUGAGCCCAAGCGGCUCGCCACGGCGGCAUCGGUGGCGGUGGCGCCGGAGGCAGAGAAGCUCCUUUCGGCCAUGAUGAAGAAGUGUGGCCAGAUCCUCACCAAGCUCAUGAAGAACAAGAAAAGCGUCUGGUUCAAUUCCCCCGUGGAUGUCGUCGGAAUGGGUUUACAUGACUAUUUCCAGAUCAUCAAGCACCCUAUGGACCUCGGAUCGGUGAAAUCGAAGCUCAGCAAAGGGCUCUACCCUUCUCCCUCCGAAUUCGCCGCCGACGUUAGGCUAACCUUCAACAACGCCCUCCUCUACAACCCCGAGGGCCACGAGGUGCACAAACUUGCGGAUCAGUUCCUUAAGCUCUUCGAUGGGCUCUUCGGCCCUUCUUUUGAACAGUAUGAGAAGCAGCGGAGGGCGAUCUCUAGGGGAGAAGAGGAAAAGCCGAGGGUUUCGUCUGGAUCUCGCGUUCCUAUGUCGGAGAGCGCGGUUAGGCCCGAUCCUAUACCCGUUAACCCGUCUCCACCUCCGCCUCCGGCCCCGGCCCCGGCCCCGGCCCCGGCCCCAGCUCCAGCUCCAUCUCCGGCUCCGGCUACAGCUCCGGUUCAUCCAAAGCUGCUGCCGCCGCAGCAGUAUCCCGUUGCGGCCAGAACGGCUUUUGGGAAGCAGCCGAAGCCCAGGGCCAAGGACCCGAACAAGCGGCCUAUGAGCUUCGCAGAGAAGCAGAAGCUGAGCCUGGGACUGCAGAGCCUCCCGGAGGAGAAGAUGGCCCAAGUUCUCCAGAUCGUGCGGAAGCGGAACUUGGACCCUGCGCAGCACGGCGACGAGAUCGAGCUUGACAUCGAGAUGAUGGACACGGAAACCCUUUGGGAGCUCGACCGCUUUGUGUGCAACUGCAAGAAGAUGAUGAGCAAGAUGAGGAGGCAGGACGCCAUGAAUGCCGCGCACCCUUCUGUCCCUCAUGCUCAGCCGACAACAGAAGCCGGGGGAGGAGGAGACAGGCAGUCGUCAAUCGCGGACAACGCGCCCGACACAUUAGCUGCGAAGAAGGGCAAGGUGGGCGACAGCGCGGCAGAAGAGGAUGUAGACAUUGGUGAUGAGAUGCCCUCCACCAAUUACCCUCCUGUGGUGAUAGAGAAGGAUGAGCAUUCGGCAAGCAGCUCGGGCAGUUCGGGCAGCGAUUCUUCUUCCUCAUCGAGUGAUUCGGAGUCGGGGAGCUCCUCGCAGAGCGACUCCGAUGAAGAUGAUGAUGUUGCACAAUCUCCUUCCUAGGCUUAUCAAAACUAACUACAGGUGAAGCUUGUGACCCAAAUGGAGUAAUAUGUUGUGUUUAGUAGGCAUACAAAUCAAUUUGAAGGGUUUUGUUUCUUUCUUCUUAAGUUGUGAGUAGUCUUAGCAGCAGCAGCAGCAGCAGCGGCAGCAGCAGCAGUAAGCAGUAGUGGAUAGGUAGAGGUAGGUUGAGUAAUUGUUGAUGGCUGGCACAGGUGUACCAUAUGUAAAGGAAGAAGCAGCAGCAAAAGAAAAAGUUAAAACGUGGCAAAAGAGAAAGUUGAUGUUGCCUUUACUAGGGUUUCUACUAGAAAUUUCCUCUUUUGUUCAAUUUAGGGCAUAGUUGAUAGUUUUUGGGGGUUUUAAUUAGGGGUGGUCCUUUUCCUUGAAGGGGAGAGCUAAUUUGGUGCUUGUAUUAGCUAGUCCUACUAAUUGCGCUAAUGUUGUGUUACAGUUGUGCUGUCCAAAAGUCUACUGUGCUUAUCACUAGCAUGUCCCUCACAAUGGCUGUUCUUUUUUUUUUUUUUGGUGUUUGAAGUUUAUUUCCUCGUAUAUAAAUAUAUUUCAUUAAGAGUCUCCCAUUGUCUUUUCCAUUUUUGUUUGUGCUCUUCUUAGCUUAUCUCCUCUACUAUUUGCUGUAAUGUAAUGUCAUCCGUGAUAGAUUUUGCCUUUUC